ACAUCAAAAUAUAGUGUGAAUAAUGACAAUUAACAAAUUAAUUUCGUAAAAUCAAUCAUCGCAAGACGUAAUAUUUACCCAGUGUUGAUAUGUUAUACUCCUCAGUUUAAUGCAUGACAAAAUAAUUAGUUCGCCAUGAUUCGAUGUAGUCAAUCAUUUCUGUACCUUGUACGAUCCGUAGUUGUAAUCAUUUAUCCUUCAAACGCGUCUGAAUGAUCUAGAUUUAAACCUUCUAAAAAAGACGCUCAUAAUUUACAACUAUGUGGACUAUAUUCUCAAGAGACUCAUCCAAAGACUUUCCGUAUGAAAUCAGUGAAUCCCCGAGGUAUGGAUUCAACGAAAAAAGUCUGUGGAAACUGAAUAAAGGGAAAAAGAAGAACACGACACAAGAAGUUUCCAUAUUUGAAUUUUUAAUCAAUGAUGACAUUCCAGGAAGUGAAACCCGUUCAGCACUUGCUAAAUCAGCUGUGAAACAUUUGAAAACUUUAAAACAUCCAAAUAUUCUCAGCUUUUUGGAAAGCUCAGAAGUUAAAACUAUAAUAUAUUUAUCCACUGAAUAUGUUGAACCACUUCAAUCAUUUAUAUCAUCUCAAAACAACCUUCAUACGGAUAUUAUGAAACAGUACAUUGCUUGGGGAAUAUCCAAUAUAAUAGAAGGAUUAAAAUUUUUAAACUUUGAAGCAAAACUCUGCCACAAUAAAGUCAAUAUUUGGUCAGUAUUCGUAAAUAAAGCCGGACAAUGGAAAUUGGGUGAAUUAGAAUACAUGAAUUCUGUUGACAAUUCUCCGCCAUCUUAUGUUAGUGAUUUAUAUCGUGCUCCAGGACAUCGGCAAUCACCUUUUUCAAUUGACAUGUGGGGUCUCGGUGUGCUAAUAUGGGAAGUAUUCAAUGGCCCAUUAACUAAUCAAUCAGCAUUAAAAAUUCCAAAAAAGAUUCCUAAAGAGAUUUUGACAAUAUAUCCAAAGUUGGUAGCAUUAGACCCUAUGAACCGCCCAUCAUAUGAUAUUGUGACUUCUACAUUACGAGAACAAGGAUAUUUUGGUAAUGACUUGGAAAAAACCAUGACAUCAUUAAGCCAAUAUCAUAUACUAGAUGAUUUUCAAAGAACAGCAUUUCUUGAGAAAUUGCCUAGCUUACUAGAAACAUAUCCCAAAAAUAUAGCCCUAUACAAUGUGUUGCCUAGUCUUCUUGAAAUGUUUAAUUAUGUUAAAGAACAAAAAGUUAUAUUUCCUUCAAUGAUAAAGUUAAGUACCAUGUUAGAUGAUCAGGAGUUUGAGGAGAAAAUAGUGCCUUGUAUUAUCAAACUAUAUGAGUCCAACGAUCGAGCUACCAGAUUAUUAUUACUCAAUACAAUUGAACUAUAUGCAAGCCGAUUAAAAGCCGAUUUAUUGAACACAAAUAUAUUCCCACUAUUAGUUAGUGGUCUUGCUGAUGCUAGUCCGACUAUAAGAGAAUUGACUGUUCGAAGUAUGGUUUAUAUAAGUUCAAAAUUAAAUUAUAAUAAUUUAAAUGUGGAGUUAAUGCGACAUUUUGCUCGCUUACAAAUGAAAGAUGAUCAGGGUAGUAUAAGGACUAACACUACUGUGUGCUUGGGUAAAAUAGCUCAAUAUUUAGACCCAAAAAAUAGGAGUAAAAUAUUAUCCUCCGCUUUUAGUCGUGCACUUAAAGAUCCAUUUCAACCAUCAAGAAUGGCAGGUGUUUCAGCAUUUUCGGCUACUCAACAGUAUUAUCCUUUGAUUGAAGUAUCGACCAGAGUAUUGCCAGCAUUGUGUCAAGUAACUCUUGACCCUGAAAAAGCAGUACGAGAUAUUACCUUUCAAACAAUCAAAGGAUUUUUAGGAAAGCUUGAAAAUGUUUCAGAGGAUGCAAGAUUAAAAGAAAAAAUGGAAGAAGAAGUUGCCAAUACUACAAGUCCAGCCAUGCCCACAUGGGCAGGAUGGGCUGUUACCACAGUAACUUCCAAGUUUUAUUCAUCCAAAAUUCCUCAAAAAGAUGAAAAAUCAGUAGAAUUAUCAAAGAAUAACUCAAAUAUAAGCAACUGUGAACAACAGGCGUACAGUAAUUCACUUAAAGACAAUGUUGUGAAAAAUGUGUAUGAAGAGAAACCAGUUAACAGUAUAAAUAUAUUUCAGGACUCACUAAAUCACAAAAAUUCCAUAGAAGAUUCUACAUUACCCAAUGACUGGGAUGAUAACUCUGGAUGGAAUGUUGGAGAUGAUUGGGAAAGUAUUGGUGUUGAUACUUCGAAUUCUUUGAAAGAUAAAUCUGAUUUCGGUUGGGAAGAUCAAGAGCCUAUUUUACUGGAUGAUUCUGAUGAACUUGCAAAAAAAGCAGAGGCUGAGUUAUUAAAAGAAGAAAUGCGCAAAAAACGUGAAGAAAGAAAACAAGAACGUAUAAAACAAUUAGAAUCAAAACGUAGCAGCAAACAAUCCUUAAAAUUAGGUGGUAAAAGAUUAUAAUUUUGGGAAAUAGUUAUUUCAAAAAAAAGUGUUUUGGUUUUGUUAAAAACUUUAAAUAAUAUUUUAAGAAAUCAAAUACAUGAAUUACUAUGACUUUAA